AUACUUUAACAUUUUGUUUGACAGCUGACGCGCGUACGGUAGUAAGAUUUGUGAAUGAGCUGUUAUUAUACUAAGAAUUCAAAUAAAAAUGAAAAGUUUUAAAAGUGAACUAUUUUAAUUUUGUAUUUCUUAUAAAAUAAUCACAAUACAAUAUGAACAGCAAUAGUGUGUUUUUAAUUACUAUAUUGAUAUUCUUUGUGGCGCAGGAAGUUCAAAGUUUACACAAGCGAUGUAUAAGAUGUAGAUCUAGGGGAGAGCUUGGUACCUGCGGUGAUCCAUUUCCAAUAAAUGUGACUGAGAGUAUUGUUGAAUCUGGGCUCCAUGUGGUGGCCUGUCCCUCAGGAUGGUGUGGCAAGCUUAUAGAGGGCACUGUGGGCACUUUCAGAUCUGAUGAUUACGGAGCUGCCACUGAGCGGAUGUGCCUCCAACGAGCCCCAAGUGAUUAUGAAGAAAGGUGUGCAUACACUAUGUGGAACCGUAAAAAGGUUUACAUGUGUUUCUGCAAUGGAGACCUUUGCAACUCAGCCGUUGGGCUGUAUACACACCCUAUUAUAUUCAUAUCAGCUAUUUUUGUAACUUUGUACAACUACUAUUUUUAAAGUAUAAGUAUCUUAAA